AUGUCGAAUGAAGCAUGUAAUUUAUGUAAAAGAAAACGAGAAAACCUGAAUAUGACAAAUUGGACUCAACAUAUAAUGUCUUGUAAAAAAAAGAAGCUUUCAUCUGGUCAAAGUAUAAUGUCCUUCUUCAAACAGAAGCCUUCUACAUCUAAUGAUAUAGAUAUUGGAUUAAAUGAUGAGUUUCACACCGAGAACUCUGAUGUUUUAGAAAUUGAAGAUUAUGUACAGUCAAGUUCUAAUAAUGCUACAUAUGAUUUACCUAAAAUAGAAGGAUUAAAUGACGAGAUUCACACUGAGAACACUGAUGAAUUAGAAAUUGAAGAUAAUGCACUGUCAAGUUCUAAUAGUGUUACACAUGAUUUACCUAAAAUAGAAGUAUUUAAAAAUGAUCCAGAAUCCAUUCCAUUAGUCAUAUCAGAUGAAAUACAAAAAAAAAUGUUUUUAGUAAAACGUGGAUCUAAUGAUUUUAAAAAUAUAACACGGACUUUAUCAAACCACGAAUGCUCACCAGAACAUAUGCAGAGUGUGAUAGCAUAUGGAUUGUACAUAAGAAAUGAUCGAAUUUAUCUAAAACUCAUCGAAAGUGCCAAUCGUCAGGUAGCUGACAACCGAGAACUUUUAAGACAAAUUAUUGAUGCUCUUAUUUACGUUGGAAGACAAAAUAUAGCUUUGAGGGGCCAUCAUGAGGGCAUUGAUUCAAAUAAUAAAGGACAUUUUUUGGAAUUAGUUAAACUUUUGUCAAACAAUCAUGGUCCUUUGAAAAGUCAUUUAGAACAAAUUGAAAAACAAUUUACAUUUAUUCUUAGGUAUGUAAAUGAAGAAGGUAUUGUUCAAGAACGACUGGUUUCAUUAGUGACAGCAUCAGAUGCAACUGGACGAGGUAUGUUUGAAGUAUUUUGUGAAAUAACUAACAAAUAUAAUAUUGAAUGGAAGACCCAAUUGAUAGCUCAAGCAUAUGAUGGCGCUGCAUCUAUGCAGGGACAAUUUUCUGGUUUAAAAACCAGAAUACAAAAUGAAAAUCCAUGUGCUAUUUAUAUUUGGUGUUUUGUUGGAAAUUUUGUUGAAUUUAUGAGAGCAAGAAAGAGAACAGCUAUUUUUGCAAAAUUGCAGGAACAGUUAUAUCCUAAUGAGCGUCUACGUCGAAUGAAGCGAUUUUCCACAACACGAUGGACUUCUCAUGAUGGGAUAUUAAUUGUUAUAAAUGAAAAAUAUUCUGCGUUAUUGGAAACACUAGAAGAAAUUUCUGUUGCGAAUGAUUCUGACCGCGAAGCGGCUUCAACUGCUGAGAAUCUAAUUAUGUCUAGAUAUCUACAAACAAAGGAAAUUGAUUUUGUACAGGCAAUCAAUUUGAUUGAUGUUGCAAAAAACCGUUUAAUAGAUAUGAGAUCAGAACAAGGCUGUAAAGAUUUAGUUGACCAAACAAAAUUGUUUUCAAUUGAAAAUAAUCUCACGGAAUAG